UUAUGCACAUCGUAAGCUCCAACAGGAAUUUCGCGAAUUUGGUUAUACGGUAGUCUAUUAAAUAUCGCAAAUCACGACACGAUUGUUGGUGUUCUUUUCUCAUCUGUCAUGGCUUGAUGCAGCUGCCGCCAUGAUUUCUUCGCGAGCGCAAUAUAGGCGUUGCAUAUCUAGGUACAUGUAUAAUUCAAAUCGUUAACGUUACAUUACAGUUACGUCUUACCGCCGAGUUUGUUAUGGCGGCGUUACCGACGCUGCCGUAUGUAAUAUGUACAUAAUAUAUAUGUACAUGCAUACAUACUUAUACGUAUGUAAUUUAUUUCCGAGAGAUAGACGAUUAUGCAGAAGAUGCAACGAUUUCUGUGUAUAUGUAAUUCUAUGUUCUAUAUCGUCUAUAUGUGAUUCUAUGUGAGAGAAAAUGAGAAGCUGUAGCGUGUAGCAACUUGUGUUGUUGACAAAAGAUUCUGUUUGGUUCGUUAAGUAUAAAUGAGCGUUGCUUUUGCGAUCGAAAAGGAGAAAAGAAAUUUUUAUACGUUUGUGGGGAAUCGAUUGCAUUAUAAAAAUGCCAAAGACACGAUUGAUUACACGUUCGGUAACGAACACCCGACCAUCUCAUAUGACUUUAAACUUGGAAUGUGCCGAAGAACCGCUCAGCGAAGCGCAAUUGAUGUUACGUUCGGAACUCAAGGAAAAUCACGACAAGGUUGCUGCUACUUUAGACGAAUUGGUUAAAGAUCAUGGUGGUAAAUUGAUAUGUCAGGCAGGAAACGUUAACGGUUAUCAGUAUACGGUGCCCGCGAAUCCAGCGUCAACGGUGGUAAAAAAUAAUUCCCAAUCCAUCGUCGGUGUCAGUCAAAAUAAGAAUCAACAACCUAUUAAACUGAACGUAUUGAAUAACGCGAAUGGUUCUCAGAGCAACAUACAAUUGGUCGUGGAUUCACGAAUGGGAGUUAUCCUUGGUUCUGUAGCUCAGCCUCAAGUAACGUCUAUGACAACUGCUUCAACGGUAUCGAUAACGGCUCCACCAGCAACUCCUGCAUCGACGUCCACAUCCAUGACAACAACUUUGCCUACGAUCGCUCAUUCUCAAACAGAAAAUUACAAAUACACUCGAUCCGGGCGUCGCACAAAAGUUCUUCAAACACAACAGCCUGACAUAAUAGAGGAACCUGUGUUAGUUCCUCGCGGAAGACAAAAAGUAGGAUGUUCAACGCACGUGGUUACACCGACCACUACAAGUCCGCAAGGAGUUACCAAUCUCAGAAUAAAAACUGUAAGCAAACAACAGAUUACACCGGUUGUAUCGUCAACUGUGACCACCAUAAACGCCAAUACAGGGACGACGGCGAGAUUAUCCAUGACCAAACCGACAGAACACACCAGCAUCGGUGGAAUAUCUGUCGGAAAUAAAAACGCAGCUUGCGAACAAAUAGACGAGUCGAAGAAGAAUCUUCCAGAUGGUAGGGAAGUAACGUUCAAUAAAAUGAAUGGCGGCAGGACAUUCCCUUCGUUGGUUGUCAUAGCAAGACCUAAUCUGCGCACGAAAGAUAUUACGGCGCAAAUAGCUCAAAAAGAAAGGUCGGAGUUAGAUAUCAAAGUCAAGAGUGUACUGAUGUUUUCCGCUACAAAGUUUGCAGAAUGGCUGAUACAGCAAGGUCUGGUCAAAUCGGAGCAAUACUGUGCUCAGCAUAGCAGUAGUUAUCAAAAAACUAAAUUAAAAUUAGGAAUGUACAGCGACCAAGGUACAUUUCCAUAUUCAGGAGGAUACGUAUGGAUUUCGAGUUGCUGCCCCGAUCGUUACGUAUCGGUUUUCUCCGGAUCGAUUUUUCAAGGAGCACCUUAUACACCGACAGUUCUACUGAAACUGAUUUAUCAUUGGGCAUGUCAAACAAACGUUCAGAACGUUGUUUCGUGGGUAAAAGUGACCAACGUAUACGUGAAAAAUUUUUACACUCAUCUACGUAGCAUUUGUACAGCGGCGGUUUGGGAUAAAACUCAUAAAAUGGGAGGUAAAAAUUCAGUAAUACAGGUCGGCGUAAUCAGUUUGGGUACAACGUCGCAGGAUGGAAACUUAAGGCAAGUCAAAGUCGAAGUACUCGGCGUGCUGGAUUAUGCUACUUUGGAUUUGAGAUUGCGAGCAUGUGAUCCGGUGCAAGAUGGCGACAGAUCCUACAAAAGACGAUUCAAUAACAUCUUACACCCGUUGAAAGACUGGGUACACACAGACUCGAAAAUCAUGACAGACUUCACCGUUGACAAAAGCACCCUCGAAGAAAUGGGUUUCAGUUAUGUCACACAAUCCGCAUUCUCCGAACAGAAUCCUCGAAAUGUUAUGAGCAAUUAUCAUAUUAUGGAAUAUCUGAGGAAAAUUGUUCCAAGAAUGUUUCAAAAUACUCUCAGUUUGCUCAGUAGACAAAUGAUACAACAGUUCUUGGAUGAAUUGGUAUGGAGAGAAAUAUACGGUUCGACUGCUGCUCGAGCAUUCGACAAUAUUAUCGCACAUAUUGCUGAACAAACAAGGAUCGAUUUCAACGAGAGCCUAUUGGACCGUUUAGCUAAAAUAGCUGCGAACCCUUUUCAAAAUUGGUCCUACUCGAACGUUAGUCCACCACCUCUGAUACCUUUGGCGAUCGCGAGCAAAGAAGACCUUCAAACCGGUUGUGAUAUUUUAAUACAAUCGAAUACCGUAGCGAGCAAUAACAUAAAUCAGAAAUCGCAGCAGCAGCAACAACAACAACAACAACAACAACCACCGCCGUCGUCAUCGUCAUCGUCGUCAACAUCAUCGUCGUCGUCGUCAUCAUCCGAAACAUUGCCGUCUUUCAACCAAACGACUAGGCCAGGACCAAAAAAGGGACGAAAACGAAAUAUUGCGAUAGCGAUGACCACAACAGCGAGCAGCCCAGAACCCGACGCGAAGAAACCCAUGUUCGACUCUAAAGUUACCACUGGUAAAGACAGAGAUAAAGAAAGCAAAACCGAUCAAAUACAAUUACAAGAGUUUUAUUAUGCCACCAUGGAAGGUGACAAAAGUAUUUUAUCGAAGGAACAGAAGUGCUCGCUGUACUUGAAAUGUUUCUUAUGUUCAAUGACGAUGCGCACCAACACGGACGUGAUGGAGCACACUAUCAGUCAUGUUCCACCUCAAGUGCCUGGACAAUCCGAUUCACCCGUCUGCAUAUACUGUUGUACAGCUUUUUCGUCUCAGCAUCAAAUGGUUACCCAUGUUACAGAAUCGCACAGUAACUUUGGUCACUCGGACAGCGGCAUGGUUGUUUGCGCCAUUUGCGAACAAAAGUUCGGGAACAGCGGACUCUUAAUCAAUCAUUUGUCGUCGAUGCAUUAUCCCUCGGAGAUGCCGUAUCGGUGCGAGAGCUGCGGUUACCGGACUUCCAGUCACAAGGAUGCCGUCGACCAUUUCUACCGAGUUCACGAGAAAGGCGAAGGUUUACAGUGUCCUUAUUGCCUGAAAGUGAUACAGUUCGUCAGCGAAGGUAGCCCCAGCAUUACCAGCGUUCACGCUUUCCUACUGCACAUGCAACGGCAUGUUAUCCGAAGAGAACAGGGACGAGGAAACAAGUGCUCUAGAUGUUGUCUCUGGUUCAAUCAAAAGAGCUCGUUAAAAGUUCAUCAAAGGCAACUACACGAUUGCGUUUCAGGCUCCAAAGUUGUCCCAUAUUCCAGCAGCAACAACAACGGCAUACUGAUAUCGAAACAACGACCACAAAACAGACGGUUUGAUAUCGAUAGUCCGGUAACAGAAUUACCUCAAGACGAGAAAAUGAAAAAGUGGGUUUCCGUACCGAUCACGGUCAACAUUCAUCUCACGGCUGAACAUUUGUCUUGCCAGGAGUGCGAGGAGGACGUCGAUGAGCAAAAUCAUUAUCCCGGCGAGCAAAGAUGUCAACAGUGUCGCUACAUAACUUGUUGUUGGCGAGCAUUCAAAGAACACCAACAGCAAAUCCAUAACGAACGUCCGAUGACCAGCCUCGUGGUCCCUUCUCCUCUUAUUAAUAUUCCGUUGGAGAGAAGAAUGCAAUGUGCCUGCGGUUACGCGACCACCGAUGGAAAUCAGUUGGCCACACAUUUGGUGAAAUGCCGAAAGGUAUCCGCCUAUCCAAUCGAGGAUGCUGCACCGUCCGGCAUGUUGGAUAGUUUAGGUUUAGUUCCAAAAGCUGUUUCCGAAGAGACAGUUGCCGAUGGCAAAAGGACUAACUUACGAUAAACUCUGCGAAUCAUCUGAUUAAUGCAAACACGUAAAGAGCUCCAUACUAUAGAAAACAAUUGUCGCGUCAUUAGACUUGGCAAAUUAGACCAUCUCUAACUAACGGCCGGCUAAGGAAGCGUACAUCUAAUCGAAUCCAGUCGAUGAUCCUACCAGCAAUUUCAAUUCAUCGUCUACGAUACAAUACCCCUGUAAAAACGAAAGCAUCACGGAUCAGUGUGUGACGCACAGUGUCGCAUACAUACCUGGCAUCAACAUAAUACAAUGUAGAAUAGAAUACUGCGAGUAAUAAACACAAGUAUUACUACAUUUUAUUGGUGGAGAGACACAAUAAACGCGCGUGCAUCUGUUGUUACGUUUGCGUUAUCAUUUCAUGCGGAUGUAAUUGCAAUAUAUUUACAAUACGAUUUUAUCCUCGUUGUAAAAUUUGUUAAAUUGUACCGCCACUAAUGAUAGUUUCUCCUUCUUUGUAGUUCUUUGCCAUCGGGUAGCUGACAUGUGACCGGUCUUUUUCCGAUACACUAAAACGUUUAAUCAUGUGGCAUUAUUUAUUACAUCGAAUUUUUUUGCAUUCGA